CAGGAUGAUAAGCAUGGAAUAAAGCUUCAGAAGGGUCUUUACCAAUCUUUCUCCUACCAAUUUUAUAUAGAUGAAAUCAGGUUAAAAUGAACAUUACAGAAAUACUUCACAAGGGAAUAAAGUGGGGAAAAGGGAUAACAUGUAACAUGGGGUCAAGGAAAAAGAGUGUGAAGCAGUUUUGCUCUCUCUACCUUGCAAAUAGGAGUCCUUAAAGACAACUGGGAUUAAAAAAAGGGGUUUGAGAUAGUGAAUUCCUAAGAAGAAAAUAAUGGAUUGCAUAUUAGUUGUUCUCUAAGUGGACUCAAUAGUGUGCAAGCUUGUUGCAAAAGCCAAGAGAAGAUGGCAACUCCUUAUGUCCCAGUUCCUAUGCCCAUAGGAAACUCUGCUUCCAGUUUCACGACCAACAGAAAUCAAAGAAGUUCUUCUUUUGGCAGUGUCUCAACAAGCUCAAACUCUUCUAAAGGCCAGUUAGAAGACGCAAAUAUGGGUAAUUUUAAACAGACAAGUGUUCCUGAUCAAAUGGAUAAUACUUCACCUGUCUGUAGCAGUCCCCUCAUUAGGACUAAAUUUACAGGUGCAGCUUCUUCCAUUGAGUAUUCUACUAGACCAAGAGAAACUGAAGAGCAAAAUCCGGAAACAGUGAUUUGGGAAGAUAGACCAUCUACACCUACUAUACUGGGUUAUGAAGUGAUGGAAGAAAGAGCUAAAUUUACUGUGUACAAAAUACUAGUAAAGAAAACCCCAGAAGAAAGCUGGGUAGUUUUCAGAAGAUACACUGACUUCUCUAGGCUUAAUGACAAAUUAAAAGAGAUGUUUCCUGGUUUUCGACUAGCACUUCCUCCAAAACGCUGGUUUAAAGACAAUUACAAUGCCGACUUUUUAGAAGAUAGACAAUUAGGAUUACAAGCGUUUCUUCAAAAUUUAGUAGCUCACAAGGACAUUGCUAACUGCCUUGCAGUGAGAGAAUUUCUUUGUUUGGAUGAUCCACCGGGUCCAUUUGAUAGCCUAGAAGAAAGCAGGGCAUUCUGUGAAACUUUAGAAGAGACUAACUACCGCUUACAGAAAGAACUACUUGAAAAACAAAAGGAGAUGGAAUCACUAAAGAAACUGCUCAGUGAGAAGCAACUUCAUAUAGAUACUUUAGAGAACAGAAUCAGAACAUUGUCUGUAGAACCUGAAGAAUCACUGGAUGUGUCAGAAACAGAAGGUGAACAGAUCCUAAAGGUGAAGUCCUCUGCACUUGAGGUUGAUCAGGAUGUCCUGGAUGAAGAAUCUAGAGCUGAUAAUAAACCAUGCUUAAGUUUUAGUGAACCUGAAAAUGCUGUAUCAGAGAUAGAAAUAGAAGUAGCAGAAGUGGCAUAUGAUGCUGAAGAAGACUAAUAUAUCACAAGCGGUUCCCUCCAUUUAGACUAUUCAGCAAAUUUAGAAGAGUGGCAAAUACUAUUUUAAAAGAAAAAAAGAACUGUAAAACAUAUA